AUGAAUAUGAUGCGAGCCAAAAGACAAAAUACCCUGCCGCAGGAUGACAGCUCCACAGCUCCUUCGACCUUCAAUGACGGGCUUCCUCUGCCCAAAUUGUUUGUAUUUGAUAUCGAUUAUACCCUCUGGCCUUUCUGGGUUGAUACGCAUGUCAGCGCCCCGGUAAAGGCUCGGGAUAACAAUUCUCGAUGUGUGGAUAGAUGGGGUGAAUCCUUCGCUUUCUACCCGGCCGUCUCCUCAAUCAUCCACUCAUGCAAGACUCGGUCAAUCCCUCUCGCUAUCGCCUCUCGCACACACGCGCCGGAUCUCGCUCGCGACAUGCUCAAAGCCCUCCACAUCAUCCCGACCUUCUCGGACAACCCGGCGAACAAAACACGCUCAUCGCGUGCGCUCGAGUAUUUUGACUACGUCCAGAUCUUCCCCGCCAAUAAGACUCAACAUUUUGCUCGGAUCAACCAAGCCAGCGGUAUUGAAUAUGAAGACAUGCUCUUCUUCGAUGACGAGGCGCGAAACCGGAAUGUUGAGACGGAGCUGAAUGUUACUUUCUGUUUGGUUCGAGAUGGUAUGACGAGGGAGGAGGUUGACCGGGGAGUUUGGGCCUGGCGAAAGAGAAAUGGGAUUAGAGCCGGUGGGCCUAAGAGGUCUGAUACUCAGGAAAGCUUGAGCUGA